UUCCGGCUGGGGCGGGGCGACGCCAUCUUGGGUCCGCGGGGCCUGAUCCGCCGGGGUCGCCAUGGAGACAGAUGAUACUGGAAAUCGACUUCGCUUCCAGCUGGAGUUAGAAUUUGUCCAGUGUCUGGCAAACCCAAAUUACCUCAACUUUCUUGCACAGAGAGGAUACUUCAAAGAUAAAGCUUUUGUAAAUUAUCUUAAAUAUUUACUUUACUGGAAGGAGCCUGAAUAUGCCAAAUACCUUAAGUAUCCUCAGUGUUUACACAUGUUAGAGCUGCUUCAGUAUGAACACUUUCGUAAAGAACUGGUAAAUGCCCAGUGUGCUAAAUUUAUUGAUGAACAACAGAUUCUUCACUGGCAACAUUAUUCACGGAAAAGAAUGCGUCUUCAGCAGGCACUAGCAGAGCAGCAACAACAGAACAACACUUCAGUCAAAUGAAAAUUCUGGAUAACCUGUGGCAGCAUGAACUUCACAUCGGUUUAGUUUGAAGAAAAAUAGACUGAAUUUUGUAGGUUUGGUCUUAGUGAUGUACAUAACUUAAUGUGUGUAUGUGAAUAGAAAACAUCUUUUUUUGGUUAUUAAGUGACCUUUUUCUGGGAGCAACUUGUAUCCAUUUCAGCGCGGUGUAGCUGAUGUGUAUUUUGUAGUAAGGACAAAGUCUUAAGAUUAACUGCAGACUUACAUCUCUGUUGAUGGAUCUGUUUUGAAAAUUCAAUACAGUUAUUUAAGCACCUGUCACAUGAGUAUCAAAGCCAUGUAAUUGCAUGUGUUACAGAAAAUCUUAAUUGUGCACAUGCCCAUCUUGAAGCAAGGCUGUGGCUAUGACUGCUGCUGUACUUUUGUUAACGAUUCCUUGUCUAGUGCUGCUUUUUUUGCCAACAUUUUAGCAGAGGAAACCAAAUUUACAACAGCUAAAAUAUUUGUGGGGGGAAGGGAGGUUUCUGAAAAUAUUAAGUGUAAAAUUUAUCAGUGGAAAAGAGGUGGUGCAGCUACAAAAGAACCCUAAUUCUAUUCCAGGAAAAUUAAUGUAUUAAUUUAGACUGCUAAGGGUUGGCAGAAUUCUAGCUAAUUUAUAAAGGCUGCUCUCAGGUAGCUGCUUCUCUGAAGUAUGUUGCUGGUAUUUCAGAAGGUAGAGAAGCAUUUAUCUUUAAUAAAACUGGUUUGGGAGCCUUUCAGCUUCUUGUAGGUCCAAAGGAGGCAGGCAAUUAUUACAAAUAAUUGUACAUAAUAACCCAACUACUGAAGGCAGCUGUGAGGGUUUUUAUCCUUUUUACCCUGAUGGAAGGCAUAUUUGAUGACAAGAAUGGGAAGAAACUGGUCUUAAUCUUAAGAGAUUUCUCUGUGAUGUGAUAGAAGCUAGGAUGAUUCAUGGCAAAAGGUGUGACAGUAUUUUGUCUUGCCUAAACUUCUAAUGUGUUUGUGCUGUACAGAACUGAUGGAGCUUCGUUUUGAAGGCAAGGUUAAAUGCAGGGUGGAUACUUUCCAGUGUCUGACUGACUGUCCUCAGUAACACUCUUACAAAGCCAGAGCAAAAUCAUGACAACCCAUUCUUACAUUAGCAAUUAACUGAACGAAUUUUCAGAUUCAGUGUGCUUAUAAUGCAUGUUCCUGUUGUAUAGGGCUACCACUGUGGCUCUGUGAAGUGAUUUUUGCACCAAAGAGCGGCUUGAUGUUCUAGUUUUCUAUUCUUUAUUAUUCCGCAUCAUGGAAUAACUUUAUUUUUAAUCUUUCAAAAUAUUAGUGACCACAGUAUGUAGAAUGAGAUUGCUGGUCUUACGUAAGCAGCUUUCUGUGCACUAGUAAAACAAGCAUCCAGUUGUUUCUAGAAUAGUGGUGCUCAACCACCAGUCUACAGAUCUGCAUCGGUUUGUGCACUCCUCCUCACCAGUCCAGAAAUUUGGGGGCAGAGUAGUGGCAGCAUUACUUGCUGCUGCUCUGCUGCCAAACUUCUGGACCUGUGAGGAGCCCUACAGGCUGGCUAAUGUCACCCUGCACAUGGGGUUGGGCUGGUCACACCUACAGGUCAAUCCCGUGUGGGAUCUGGCUCGUGGGCCAACCCCAGGUCAUUUGUCUGGACUGCACAGCUAUUAAGUUGAGUACCACUAUUCUAGAAAACUUGGGCUAGAGCACUAGAGAGAAAAAGUCUGAUGGGAUAAAAAGUCAUCAGUUGACUUUGAGUGAGCUGUCACUUCCUUUAUCUAUCAUGAUUCAGGCAUAAGCUUAUUAACAGUCCAGGUUCACAGUCUUGCUGGUUAUUUGUUUUUUAAUUUCAAAUAGUUAUAUUGUGCUCUCCAGUUGUAUCUAGGAACCCUGAAUAUUUCAAUAAAUUAAUCUUGAGUGUA